AGAGAGCCUCAUUUUCAUUGCGAUUUGCAACAAUGGCAUCCACAUUUGAGUCUCUCGUUACUAUCAUUUUCUUUACUCUUCUUGUCCAAGGCCAUGGUCAGUGUCAACUUAAAGACUUAACUGUGUCGACAUCAAAGACUCCUAGACAAAUACAAGAUGUACAAGAAUGGCAAGUGAUGUUUGUAAACAAUUGCAAAUGUAAUCUAAAAGACAUUAUUGUGUCAUGCAAAGGUUUCCAAUCAUUGGAGGAUGUUGAUCCGAAUGUAUUUGCACCUAUCGGGAAUGACAAGUUUAUUGUUAAUGGUGGUCUUCCUAUUGAACCUUUUGCUUCGGUCAUCUUUCUUUAUGCGGAUCCUCAACAUUUCGUAUUUAAGCCUGUUUCGCAUGAUAUGGUUUGUGUUUCCACUUGAUUGGUUCAAUUGUGGUUUUGACUUUCGAUUUAUGAUCUAUUUAUUGAUUGAUGUAAUAAAGAGUAUUAUUUUGAUCCCAAUAUUGGUUUUCAUGAAAUGAAAAUAUAUUGCAAUCAGAAC